AUGUUCCCCGGAGUUCUGUACGCCCUGCUGGCGGGCUUCCUGGGCGCCGUGGCCUCGUCCUCCGCCAAGCUGUCUCUGGGCGCGGAUUACCUGAAGGGCGUGUGUGAGACGGGGCUGCGGAGCUGGAGCGAACCGCGGAGGUUCACACAGGCCAACGAGACCACCGCCUGCGACCGGCUGCACAUCCCCCUGCGUCUUCUCUGUGGCGGGCUGCUGUUCACCUGUAACGCUGUGAUGUGGACGUUCCUGUCGAAGGCCCUCAGGUACUCCUCUUCUUCCACCCGGACCACUGUGACCACCACCGCCUCCAACUUCAUCUCCUCUGCCUUCCUCGGGCAGCUGAUUUUCGGGGACAGUCACAUCGCCCUGUGGUGGGUGGGCAUUUCUCUCACUCUGUCUGGUCUCCUGGUGCUACAGCGCGCUUCCCCCAACGACGCACAGCCCGAGGGCGCGAAAACAAGGACGAGUGAGUCGGCGAGAGGACCAGAUAGAGCUGACAAAACAGCGUGAUGACCAACAGCACCUUCGACCCGCAGUGAAGAACAGUAAUGCACUGAAUUUACCUGCAUCCACAUAGAACAUACAUCACAUAUUACAUCGACACAGUUACUGCCAAAAGCAAGUAAACCUAAAGACAGAACUGUGUUGUUGUACUUGGUUCAUGUGGAAGUGAUGCGUUUUAAUCAAGUAAAUUCAAUGUAGAACUCUUUUUCAGGGCACAGUGGUGCAUUAUUAUAUUCCAUUACUAUAAACCAUAUUUACCUGAUCAGCUCACAAACAUACAGGCGUGAGAGCAACUACAGAUUAUUCUGGCAUUACUAAACUACUGCUUGCCUCUCUGCAUGUGGCUGGGUUGGAACUGUGCCCACAUUAUAACAGACGGAAUAUGACUUUAUCAGGGCAUCACAAAGAUUAGAGUUACACAUCCUUCCUAAACAGUGCAGUCUGUAUAUUAUUCAUGAUAGUCGCUUUAUCUAAGGAUGAAUUCAGAUUCAUUAAAAACGGGGAUUCAUUUAAAAACUCAUAGGAUAAUUAUACCGAGUCAUUCAGAGUGAGUCAGAGCUGUUCACAGUGGUGGUGAUAGGAACCAGACGUCCAC